CCCCAUUCACCUCAGUGCCAGCCGCGCAGGCGUAGAGCCGGGGACGGCGCGAAGGGUCGGUUGUAUGUGUGUGUGUGUGACCGGUACACGGUGGAGCUGUUUUGGGAACCACGAAGAGUCGGGAGCCUCAGGGAAUAAUCGAAAAUUUAAGGAAUUAUUAGUCCGUGGGAGUUAUUUCUGCGCCAAUGCUGGGUCCAGCUGCCCGCCGCCUGCAUCGCUUCCGUCAGUCUAUAUGAACCAGGGCGCUGACCCAGCAUGGUCCGGGAAACCAGGCACCUCUGGGUGGGCAACUUACCCGAAAACGUUCGAGAUGAGAAGAUAAUCGAACAUUUCAAGCGAUAUGGACGUGUUGAAAGUGUUAAAAUUCUGCCCAAAAGGGGAUCUGAUGGCGGUGUGGCAGCAUUUGUGGAUUUUGUGGAUAUCAAAAGUGCUCAGAAGGCACACAAUGCAGUUAACAAAAUGGGAGAUCGAGACCUAAGGACGGAUUACAAUGAACCAGGCACUAUUCCAGGUGCUGCUCGUGUAUUGGAUGAUACAGUUUCCAUAACAUCUCGUACUAGAGAGGUGUCUGGGUUCAGAGGAGGUAGUGGGGCACCCGCUUAUGGACCCCCUCAAUCACUUCAUGCACGGGAAGGACGUUAUGAGCGGAGACUUGAUGGGGCUUCUGAAACUAGGGAGCGUACUUAUGAACAUAGUGCCUAUGGACACCAUGAACGUGGGACUGCUGGGGGAUUCGAUCGGACACGACACUAUGAUCAGGAUUACUAUAGAGAUCCAAGGGAUCGGACCUUACAGCAUGGGAUAUAUUAUAAUUCUCGGAGGAGUCCAACAAGAUUUGAUACUCAUGAUCCACGCUAUGAGUCUAGGGCUCGAGAACCUUUUCCGUUACCAAGUGUUGUGCACAGGGAUAUCUAUAGGAAUGAUAUUUCUAGGGAGGUACGAGGGAGGCGGCCUGACCGUAACUACCAGCACAGCAGGAGUCGGUCCCCACAUUCGUCACAAUCCAGAAAUCAGUCCCCACAGAGGUUGGCUAGCCAAGCGUCCAGACCUGCAAGAUCCCCAAGUGGCAGUGGCUCCAGGAGCAGAUCGUCAAGCAGUGAUUCUAUCAGCAGCAGCAGUAGUACCAGUAGUGACAGUAGUGACUCCAGCAGUAGUUCAAGCGAUGAGUCCCCUGCGAGGUCAGUACAGUCCGCAGCUGUUCCAGCUCCACCUUCCCAGCCACUCCUGUCCCUGGAUAAAGAUGAGCCUCGCAAAAGUUUUGGAAUCAAGGUUCAAAAUCUUCCAGUCCGCUCCACAGACACAAGCCUUAAAGAUGGCCUCUUUCAUGAAUUUAAGAAGUACGGAAAGGUGACAUCAGUACAGAUUCAUGGGGUAUCAGAAGAACGCUAUGGACUGGUCUUUUUCCGGCAGCAGGAAGAUCAAGAGAAAGCACUUAAUGCCUCUAAAGGCAAACUGUUCUUUGGCAUGCAGAUUGAGGUGACCGCAUGGGUAGGACCAGAAACAGAAAGUGAGAACGAAUUUCGACCACUGGACGAAAGGAUAGAUGAAUUUCACCCUAAAGCAACAAGGACUUUGUUCAUUGGAAACCUGGAGAAAACGACCACUCAUCUUGACUUACACAACAUUUUUCAGCGGUUUGGAGAGAUAGUGGAUAUUGAUGUUAAGAAAGUGAAUGGCGUUCCUCAAUAUGCAUUCUUACAGUACUGUGAUAUUGCAAGUGUCUGUAAAGCCAUUAAAAAGAUGGAUGGAGAGUACCUUGGAAAUAACCGGCUGAAGCUGGGGUUUGGAAAGAGCAUGCCUACAAACUGUGUUUGGAUUGAUGGUCUUUCUUCCAAUGUCACAGAGCAGUAUUUAACUCGACACUUUUGCCGUUAUGGACCAGUGGUAAAGGUGGUGUUUGAUCGCUUUAAAGGCAUGGCCCUGGUUCUCUACAAUGAGAUUGAAUAUGCCCAAGCAGCUGUAAAAGAGACAAAGGGGAGGAAGAUUGGUGGGAAUGAUGUUAAGGUGGAUUUUGCAAACCAAGAAAGCCAGUUGGCUUUUUAUGGUUCCAUGGAAACAUCUGGACAAGAUAUCCGUGACUUCUAUGACAUAAUAGCUGAGAGAAGAACUGAUGAACCACGAAGGGGAUCUUAUCAUGAAUUUACAUCCACUGAGCGAACGUACUAUGACACUGUUAGAACACCAGGCACAUUCCCAGAAGAAACCAGGCGAGAGUAUCCUGCAAGAAGUAGAGAAUUAUAUGCUGAUUGGGAGUCCUACCAAGGAGAUUACUAUGAGCAACGAUAUUAUGAUGAUUCUAGAGAAUAUCGAGAGUUUAAAGACCCAUAUGAACAGGAUAUUCGGGAAUAUAGUUACAGGCAAAGAGAACGAGAACGGGAAAGAGAGAGGUUUGAAACUGAUAGAGAUCACGAGAGAAGACCGAUUGAGCGUAGCCAAAGUCCAACUCAUUCAAGGAGACCACAGAGUCCUACAGGUUCUCCUUCACAGUCUGAAAGAAUUGCAAGUGACCCUGAACGCAGAAUUUAUAGCCGCUCUUCUGAACGUAGUGGCAGCUGUAGCUCUCUUUCUCCCUCAAGGUUUGAAAAACUAGAUAAACCCCGCUAUGUCAAAAGUGAAAAAGUAGAAAAGGAGCGCUCUUUUGAGUCAGAAAGAACUGAUAAAGAGAAACGGCCUCCAAGAAAGGAAAAAACAGAGAAAAUAGAAAAGGAUAAGCCAGAAAAAAAUAAAAGAAAGCCCAAAAAUCAUUCUCCAAGCUCACCAUCUUCUGAGACCGAUCAAGAAAAUGAGAAGGAACCUAGCCUUGAUAAACAGAAAAUUAUCAGUAAACCUCAAGCCAAAGAAAAAAAUGAUAAAGAUCCAACAGCAAAAAAUCGUUUGGAUCUUAUGCCGUGUGUGGUACUUACUAGAGUAAAUGAAAAAGAAGGCAAAGUUCUUGAAUCUCCUGGACUUGAUAAAACAAAGAGCAAAUCUGAUAAUGAAUCUGUUAAGUCUCCACCCCUUGAUCAAAAACUUUCUAUACCACGAGUUGAACAGCCUAAAUUUGACCAAACGAAGGCAGAAAUUAUCCGGAACAAAGUGCCAAAAGACAGAGUCCUUGCUAGCCAUGUUGAAGUAGUUGACAAGGAGAGUAAACUAAAAGCAAGAAAACACUCAAAAGCAGAACCACUCACAGAGGGGGGCACAGCAGCUGAACUAGAAAGACUAGAAGCUCGAAAAAGAAGAUUUGCUGAUGUAAAUUUAAAAUGUGAGAGACAGAAACUGGAUAUUAAAAAAAACAGUCAGGAGGAGGAAGAUGUCCGUGUUACCGCAAAGAAACAGCUUGAUACUGCUAUUUCCUUAAGAGAGACUUCUUUGUUGCGGGAGAGUGAAUCUGAAAGGAAAGCCUUAAAGAAAGAACUUAAAAGGGAAGUCAGAAAAAGUAAUCCAGAUAGAUUUGUUACAGGUAAUAGCCCUAAAGAAGGCCAAGAACAGUUACCCUUUGGGCUUUUAACCCGUCCUAACUUAGAUUUGCAGUCUCGGUUAGGAGAACCAGUUGAUGAACAAUUUGAAAUACCCGAGAUGAUGAGCAAAAAACUAAGCAUAAUGAAAACCUUUCCACGGCAUGUACAGUUAUCAGAAGAUCAUGAUAAAGACACUAUAAAAGAAGACAGAAAAAUGUACUUUCCCCUUCCAAGAGAGUUGUUAGGAUUAGAGAGAUCAGAAGCUGAAGAGAAACUUGGAAUUGAUAUUGACUAUACACAAAGCUACAGGAAACAAAUGGAGCAGUCUCGCAAGCUAAAGCAACAGAUGGAAAUGGAGAUGGUGAAAUCUGAAAAGUUUGGGAGUCCAAACAAGGAAACUGAGGAAUUUGAAAGGCGAAGUCUUGUGCAUGAAGUAGGAAAGCCACCUCAGGAUGUCACUGAUGAUUCUCCUCCAAGUAAAAAAAAAAAGACUGUUCACAUGGAGUUUGAGAUUACAAAAAGAGAGAGAAAUUACAGAAGCUCUCGUCAAAUUAGUGAAGAUUCUGAAAGGACUUUGUGUUCUCCCAGUAUGCGACCCUUUCCUUUUCAAGAUGAGGAUGAUACAAUAGGAUCCCCAAGGUUGCUCCCAUUUAAGGAAUUCAGAGAAUCUCCUAAAGUAGAUGACAAAAAUACAAGUUUUCCUAUUCUAACCAUUAAAGAGGAGCCUUGCAAGUUGAUCCCAAUUGAAUCAAUCAAGAAGGAGCAAGUGAUGGAUGCACCAAAAGCUAAAUUACCUAUGAGCAUUGAAGAAGAAUACAAGUGCGAUAGCCAAGUAAAACAAGAAAGUGGUAAGACAGACAUCUGCUUCCCGAGCAAUAUAGUAAAGAGAGAGAGCAUCAGAAAACGUUCCAGGGAUCUGGAGCCUGGUGAGGUUCCAUCAGACUCAGAUGAAGAUAGUGAUCAUAAAUCUUAUUCACCCAAAGUACCAUUUUUGAAUACUUCAAGGUUUUCUUUUUUGCUUCGAGAUGGAGAAGAUAAACUGCGAGACAGGGAAGAAAGAUUAUCGAGCUCGUUGGAAAGAAAUAAGUUUUACUCAAUUGCAUUGGAUAAGACAAUAACUCCAGACACGAAAGCUCUGCUUGAAAGAGCUAAAUCACUUUCAUCCUCUCGAGAAGAAAACUGGUCUUUUUUUGAUUGGGACCCUAGAUUUGCAAAUUUCCGAAGUAAUAAAGACAAGGAGAAGGUAGACUCUGCUCCAAGGCCUAUACCAUCUUGGUAUAUGAAAAAGAAAAAAAUAAGGACAGAUUCUGAUGGAAAAUCAGAUGAUAAGAAAGAAGAUAAAGAGGAAGAGCAGGAAAAACAGGAGUUAUUUGCUUCACGUUUUUUACAUAGUUCAAUUUUUGAACAAGACUCUAAACGUUUACAGCAUCUAGAAAAGAAAGAUGAAGAAACGGACUCUAUUUUUCGUCCGUAUGGGAGGCAGUUAUCAUCUGACGGUAUAAGUAAUAUGUCUGAUUUUGUUCAAGAGCCUGUUGUACUUUUUCACAGUCGAUUUGUUGAGUUGACAAGAAUGCAGCAGAAAGAGAAGGAAAAAGAGCUAAAACCAAAAAAAGAAAAAACAGAGGAAAAAGAGACUCAACCUAAAACUCCAGACUCACUUCCUGAAGCCAAGGAGCCAGAAGUUAAACCUUACUUGCUCCCAGCGCCAACAUCAACCUCCAUUUCUCUCCAAGAGCCAACAAUUGCUAUUCCAGAAAAGUGUGUUCUUGAGAAAAUGUUGUCUGAUCUACCGUUAAGAGAAGAGAAACCAGCUGAACCAGCAACAGAAGAAACACCUUUUCCAGUUACUACUUCAGCUGUCAUUGAACCAACUGUUUCAAAUCAAUCUAUACAAGCUACUGAUGAAACUAAGGAAGUACUUCCUAUUCCACCAGUUCCUGAAAUGGCUAUGCCUGAAGAGCAACCUUCAUACUUGGAUACAAAGCCACCUACACCAGGUACUUCCUUCCCUGAAGUGCCUGUUGAUUCUGGAGCAGAUAUGGAAACGGAUGCAUCAAGCAAAUCUCCUAAGCUUAUUAAAAAAGUAGAGGAACCCGAUGAAAUUACAGUGGAAAAUCUGCCUCAACCAGUAAGUGCUGAAGCAAAUAUUAGUCCAAAAUCUGAGGUUGUUCCAGAGGUGCAACAGCAAAUUUGUGAAAAUGAUGUAGACCAUGACCCCCCUAUCACUGUAAAAGAUAGGAAAACCAAGAAUAAAAGAGCAAAAACUCCAGUGCAAGCAACCACAGUUAGCACCAUAGAUAAACCAGUAACAAGAAAAAGUGAAAGAAUAGACCGUGAGAAGCGCAACAGAUCUACAUCUCCACGUGGUGAAACCCAGAAACACCUGGAAAUAAAAAGUGAGUCUGAAAGAAUUUCUAGAACUGCUGCAAAGUCACCAAGUUCUGUAGCUGAACCUGAAGUCUCUGAGCCUAGCUUGCCGUUAGGGCGUACAAGACGGAGAAAUGUUAGAUCUGUAUAUGCUACAACAGGAGACAAUGAUGGACAAUCUACUUUAAAAGAACAUGUAGAGGCAACAAGAACAACUAGAAAGCGCAUAGAAAAAGAAAUCCAAGAACCUCCUCCUGUUGUUGUUGCUGUUGCACAGACCACACCAAAAAGAGGACGACCUCCAAAAAUUCGGCGUAAAACUGGUGAAGCGGUUUCCCCUAUUAAAGCAGAUCCUGUAAAGCAAGAAUCUGAAGACUCUGAAAUUAAAGAACCUGUUGAAAAUGCAAAGCCUUUAGAUGGAUGGCGUUCCCCACGAUCUCAAAAACUAAUGCAGAGUCAUUCUCCUGUGUCAAGUACCCAGCAAGGGAAAAAGGGAAAGAGUGAAAUAAAAACACCACCUUAUACUCUAGAAGAAUCAAAUGAGGAAGGUAAUGAAAUUAGUGACUCAGUUGGUGAUGAUGACAACAAACUGAAGUCAGGAAAGCCAGAAGCUAUCACAGAGCAGAAACAUGAACAGAAGGAAAUGGAGACUGAGAAGUUUGUUGCAGAAACAACUAGUGGAGAUAAUACAGAAAGGAAAAAAUCUCAGGAAAGGGGACCUAAGCCCAAAGGAAGGUCUAGGAGUUUGAAUACUGUAGAUAAAGCUUCUUUAUGUUUAAAAGAUGUGAAAAUCCAUCUCUAUGAAGAUGAAGUGAAGGAGGCAAUGAAGCCACUUGAAGAUCCUGAACCAGUUGCUGAGUCACCUGUAAAAAUCAUAAGUCCUCAAAAAGAGGAUGUUUCAUCAGAGUUGUCUUUUUUAGAAACGUCUGACAAAGACAAUAAUCGGGAGCCGAAGCUUUCCCCAGAAGCUGCGCAACUAGCACGACAAAUAGAGCUUGAACAGGCUGUAGAAAAUAUUGCAAAAAUUACUGAAACGCCAUCUGCUACUGUUUUUAAAGAUGCUCAGGUAGGAGAAGUCUCAGAGGGCCGUUCAGAAGAAGAUGGGGAUAAGCCUGCACACCAAGCUAGCGAAACCGAGUUGGCAGCUGCAAUUGGGUCCAUAAUUUAUGAUAUUUCUACAGAUGCAGAAACAUUUCCUACUGCUCCAACGUACCCUCCUGAGGGUGAAACUGAGAUACCAGCUGAUCCUGCUGCUGUUCCUGCUCCAUCACAACCAGAAGAAAUAGAGCCAGUGAAUGAUACAGCAGUAAAUAUAAUCUUUGAUAGCGAAGCUUCCAAAGGCUCUGCAAAUAAAUCAGCUACUCCUUUGGCUACUACUGCAACAGAGGUGCCACCAAAAGAAAGCAAAGUAGAAGUGACCUUCAGUGAGUCCUCAAAUUCAGCUCAAGAAGCAGAGUCAUUGCGAGAAACUGUCCUUCCCAAACAAAAAGGUCGACAUAAAAAAUCACAGCAAAAACGUAGAAAAAAUGCGACCAAGAAAGCAGAAAUUGUGGACAACACAGUUGUAAGUGACAAUCUUCAAGUGAGAUCUCCUCAAACAGAUGAAAAACGCACCGUAGAUGAAAGUCAAAAUGAGAAAUCAAGUGGAAUAUCGUCCUCAAAACCUGACAAAGAAGUGGCAGAAAUUAGUCUUAAUUCUUCUUCUGAUGCUAUUACUCAUGAUAUUGAUCUCAAUAAAGAUGACGAAAGUCCUGAAAUAAGAAAUGUCAUUCAUUCACCUCAAUCACUAAUAAUUGAUGAUGUAAGUCAAACUAGUUUCAAAUUACGGUCAAGUACUGAGAAUCCGCCCCAUAGUCCUAGUCCUAGUGCUGCUACUCUUUCAAUUCAGACAGCUUCACCUGGAAAAAUAUCAGCCCCUGUUCAUGCUUCUGCCAUUUCUCACUCUGGCUCAACAAUAUCUGACUGGAUGGCAAGACAUGAAGAUAGUGCUGCAAUUUCAACUGCGCCUCCUGCUUUGCCCCCAGAUACAAAGGCCUCUGAUGUUGAUACAAGUUCUAGUACUUUAAGAAAGAUUUUAAUGGAACCCAAAUAUGUUUCCUCAUCAAACAACCCUACUGUUGUUACAUCUUCCAUCCCUGAUCCUGUUUCUGCUUCACUUGUAGAAGAAACAAAUCACCCUUCAGUAGAAUCUAUAAAACCAAUAUCUGAAGAAAAGUCAGCUGUUUCACUCUCAAAUACUAUAGUUCCACCAGCUGCAGAAGCUCCUAUUUUUAAGGAAAAGGUGACAAUAGUUGCUCCCAAAGCUACAUCUGUAAUCAGUAGAAUGCCUCCUAAUUUUGACUCUGACGAGCUGCCAAGAAUAGCUCUAGCAAAGCAUGCUACACCAAUUCAGACUGCACAGCCAUGUACCCCGUCACAAAAGAUUAAACAAAGACCAAAUACAAAUGACAGUCGAACCUGUAUGACACAAACUAUGGCUGUUCUAGACGAUCGGCCCACAGAGUCUGGCUUGAGGGUGAAUACAUCGCAAGGUGUUAUGCUGCUAAGUUAUUCUGGGCAAAAAACUGAGGGACCGCAAAGGAUUAGUGCAAAGAUCAGUCCAAUCCCUCCUGCAAGUGCUGUGGACAUAGAAAUUCAACAGUCAGUAUCAAAGACUCAAAUUAAACAAGAACCUCUCACUCCAUCUCAGAUACUGCCAAAAGGCCCUCAGACUUCUUCGGGCUAUGUUGGAACUCAUUCCCUUGUUACCGCAAAUCAACCGUAUAAUGCAUCACCUGUUAUAUCAUCCAUAAAACAAGAACGUUCUUUGGAGAAGUCUGACUCCUGUCAUAUUGCUGUUUCAAAUACACCAUCACAAUCUGGAGCUACUAAAAUGCUCUCUCAAAAUAACCCCCCUGUAUUGUUGCAUAGCCAAUUGAUACCAGGCCAAUUUGUAUCUACUAAUAAGAAGUUAACAGACACAAAAGUGGAGUCUAAGGUUCUUCAGUCAAUGAAUUUGAGCCCAGGGCUUAGUCCUCAUCAUUCUUCAUUAUCAGGAAAAAUACAAUCAGAAGCAAAUCAUGUGUGCUCUGGAUCUAGUACACCUACAGACCGGGCUCUUCAACAUAUUGGUGUUAAACAGGAGGCACAUUCGCCAUGUGCACCUGGUCAUUCUCCAUCCCCAUUCACCAGAUCAUGUCAUUCCAAUGUCGCAGCUUCUUCUGCCUUAAGUAACAAUGCCUCUGUCAUGUUGACUCAAGGAAUGCCAGUACCAACAUAUAUGCCUAGUAUACAUACAGAGCAAACAGUCAUUAUGCCUCCACACAGUGUAACCCAGAAUGUUUCUCUUGGCCACCUGUCUCAGGGAGAUGUCAGAAUAAACACCCCACCUCUGCCAAGUACUCAUUAUGGCAUACGCCCAGAAGCGAUUAAUUCUCCUAGAGCUGCAAUGCAGCAGCAGAUUGAUGGCAGACCCCAGAGAACAGGCACUCCUCAGCCAACAUCUGUUAGAGAGAUGGUAAUCCCCACAAUGUCUUCCCAGCAUCCCCCAGAGGAGGAGAUUCAUUACCACCAUCCUGUUAGAGGCUCUGAUGUGCUGGUUAUGCAACAGGACUAUCGUAUGUCUGCAUCAGGUAUUCGUCUAGAUCCUUAUAGUGUAUCUCAAGAUGUUAUGCUGCCCCGUAUGAUGAUACCCUCUCACAUAACAUCUGUUGGUGAACACCAUCCGGAAACUCGUCAGUCCAGAACACCAGAGGGAUCUGGGAAAACUCCCCCCACCAGCAAAACACCACAGCCUGGAAAGGACCUGAGCAAACAGACAGAUGUAAAAAUGGCCCAUUCUCCACAAAAUGAUUCUAGAAUACUAAGUGGUCCUAGUGGGCAGCUUACUGCACUCAGCUUAUCACAGCCUGUAGUAGUACCUCAUGGUGUGCCUCUAAUUCAUCCUACUGGAAGUACUUUUCAUGAUUAUCGCCAUGUGUAUUCAGAUUUACGUAACUAUCACACAUCAACCCAACUUAAUCAUCCCCAGUUUUCUGGAGCAUCACCCAUUGGAUUGCAGUCUCGGAGUAUGACCCCAUCACAGGUUGGCCCUGAUAAUGAACAUCCGCAUCCAAAUGCACCAGUGCGCAGCAAAACUCCACAAGUAAGCCAAGAGUCCAAGGUACAGCAGGCAUCCAUUCCUGAACCGACUCAACAUGCAGCACUUAAUAGGCAUCCAGGGCAAAUAGAGUCACAUAUCCAGCAUCUUCAGAGAACCCCUGCAGACGCAUCUCAAACCUCCUAUCCAUCACCAGUAGCAAUCAGUCUUAAACAGGAGCUGUCUGCCUCCCAUCAAACCCCAGCAGUCCAGAAGCAGUCUGUGUUUAUGUCAUCUACUACAAGCACAAGCUCACUGUCUCGGACAGAAAUUCAUCCUAAGCAAGACCCACCUCAGCGACCAGUUGAUAUGGUACAGCUGUUGACAAAAUACCCUAUUGUUUGGCAAGGCCUCUUGGCACUGAAGAAUGACACAGCUGCUGUGCAGUUGCAUUUUGUGUCCGGAAACAAUGUCCUUGCACACCGUUCCUUGCCGGCACCAGAAGGAGGCCCUCCUCUGAGAAUCGCCCAGCGCAUGAGGCUGGAAGCCACUCAGCUGGAAGGUGUUGCUCGGAGAAUGAUGGUGGAAAGUGACUAUUGUUUGUUACUCGCACUUCCUUGUGGCCGUGAUCAGGAGGAUGUUAUAAGUCAGACUGAAUCACUAAAAGCUGCGUUCAUCACGUAUCUACAGGCAAAGCAAGCAGCUGGAAUCAUCAAUGUGCCCAACCCUGGAUCUAAUCAGCCUGCAUAUGUCCUGCAAAUCUUCCCACCCUGUGAAUUUUCUGAAAAUCAUCUGUCACGUCUAGCCCCGGACUUACUGGCCAGCAUCUCUAAUAUCUCUCCUCAUCUAAUGAUCGUCAUUGCAUCAGUAUGAACUUGUGUAUUGCUGAUUUAUCAAAGACUGGACCUAAACCAGAAUACGGAUUUUGCUUAAUGAUGGAGAGUAAGGGAGAUGAUGUUCAACUCCCAUUGGGGUAGGGCUGUGCUUCUACCCUGGAUGUUUACAUGUUGCUUAUCCACAGCCUGGUGCACACAGAAGGCCAGAAGUGAAGUGGCAAAAAAGGGGGCGCGAGGGAUCCCACACCCUAAAUUGUGGAAUAUUCCAAGAUGGUUACUAUUUGUGUGCUUGUUGUGUUUAUUUUUUUAUGAAGCUGAACCUGCCUUUGCACUAAAUUAGUGACUCUGACUCUUGUACAGCAAUUUUUUUAUUUUUUUCUUUGAGCGACAUGCUGUGAUGUAGAAAUGUCUAACGUACAGUAUCUGUUGCUGGUGGACUAACUAGCAGGACUUGUGAAUAUUGGGCUAUAGUAUGAGCAGCGCAAAUUAGAGACGCUUGAGUAAAGACCUGGAUUCUGUCAGCUGAUCUUCCUGCUUCUGGAUUUCUUACAGCCAGUCUGACCUGCUGGGCUGACUCAUCGCUUUUUUUUUUUUUCAUUUGGGAUGUACAGUUUACAUGGGAAAAUCAUACAAAAGGGAGAUCUAUUUUCCUUUCUUGGAUAUUAUAGGACUCCAUGGGUGUGUGUAUAUAAGUAUAUAUAAUAUAUAUUAUAUAUAUAUAAAUAUAUAUAAUACUGACUUUAAAGAAAUCAAAUCCCCACAACAUACAUUUUUUUUAAUCUGUGCCAAAAAAUGUGUUUUCAGAGAAAAAUCUUAUUUUCAUACUCAGACGUAUCGUCCCUCAUUUGUAAGUGCUUUUCAUUACCUGUUCAUCAGAAUCUGUGUGAAAGUGUUAUACACUUAAACAAGAGACUUUUUAAUUCCCUCAUGUCCCCUCUUUUUUUUAUUUUAUUUUUUAUUUUGCAGAUACCAAUUAAUUUAUGGAACCUUCCCCCAACCCCAUUCUGGCAUUUUUAUUUUUUUUGUGUGUCCAUUGGAUUACAAACUUUAUUAAAAAAUGAUACAAGAUCGUUUUGCAAUGCUAAAUGUAAUUGUUCAUUUAAAAUGCAUAAUGAAAGGGUGUUUAAAUCUG